AUGUGCCAGGGCGACGAUGCGAGCAUUCUGAAGGAGACCAGCGUCGCAUACGGAAAGCUGAAUUACGACGAGGCACGCUUAAAAGAUACCGUAGACAGAGGCCGCGAAAGCAUAGAAGAGAUUGCCCAGGCUAUCGCCCACAUCGUGAAGAUCGAGAAGAUAAGUUGCUCGGGCGAGCCUGGAAGAGAUCCUCUGAGAGAUUGGAGAGAUCGCAGAAAGCAGCGACUUCCUACUUAUAGACCAAACUACGGCAGAGCAGGUCCGCCCAAGCUAGGUAAUCGCCGCAUCUCAUGA